CCCGCCCGCCGCCAACCGGCUGCCUCACCAAUGUCUCUCUCGUCCCUCAGGCUUCUUCAGGUUGAACUCGCCAGGUUCUCCCUCAUGCCUAUCUGGGAUGGCGUGCUCGCGUGUGUCCUUGAUAGCCUGCCCAGUCCAGGCUUGAAAGACUCCUCACUUGCUCUUCAAAAGUUCAAAAGGGAUCUUGGCCCCCACCAGCCUCGGCACGGCCCCCGUUCAAUCGGCUUUCGUGUGGGCAUGGCUGGCGCGCUGCUCAGCGACGGUCAUUUCCCCAGAUGAAAACUCCCUGCGUCCCGCCCAUCUCCCUCUUAUUUCUGUCGCUGAAAUGUGAGAUGGCACAGCUGCUGCUGCUGCUGCCGCCGCCGCCGACCUGAAUUCAGUUCCCACCUGGGUAAAGAGAGAAAAAGCUGGGGGUGUUCGUCAGCAUGUGGCUCUACCAUUUGCUGCUGAUCGUCCUUCUGGAACGACUAGUGUCCGGCACCACCUGCUACUUCCCUGAGGGCAAUGUGGCCGAGGAUUACACGCCUUGCUCCGACAAUGGCGUCUCGUUCUGCUGCAAUAAGAACUCGAUUUGCUUGAGCAAUGGCCUCUGCACCUCCAUGCAUCAACCGUAUGUUCUCGGCCGCGGCGCCUGUACCUCCCAAAGUUGGAACGAUACCUCGGUCUGCGACGAUGUCUGUCAUGGAAUCACCACCGCGUGGAGCAGCGCGUGCUCCCUCAUCCUCUACAGUGACGUGAACGGAGUCAAGUUAUAUUGCCCCAACUCAAUCAUUUCCAACGGGACCGACUCCAUAGGAUGCGCCAAUGGUGUCUCGCCCAUUUCAGUGGGCACUGGCAAGCCCAUUGCUGGCAAGGCAUAUCUGGCCAGCUACUCCCUCCUCCCCACUGCUAGCACCGCCACCAGCACCGCGACCGCUACCUCUACCACCGAGCCCAAUACAUCGUCUUCCUCCACAGCUGAUGAAAGCUGCAGCAGCCCGACCGCGGCUAAUAGCAACCAAGUCAGCCGGGCGACCGUGACCGCCGUUGGGGCCGGGGUCGGCGUCCCCCUUGGGCUGCUGGCGUUGGCAUCGCUGGGCUAUGGUUUGAACGAGAGGAGAAAGCGGCUUCAGCUCCAGAAUGCCCCGCCAAACAUGUACCAGAUGCCGGCGGCCUCGUCAACGUCCUACCGAUCGAGGAAUAUGGGCGCGAAGGAGCUGUCUGGCCAUAUACCGCUUCAUGAGCUGGACACGUGA